UGCCCGCAGUUCGGCCCAGACACUCUCCAGAGCCUCUCUCGUCGAUGACAAGGUCCCAGCUGCGCCCAGGGCCGGGGCCCCGCUUCCACCUCCCGGUCCGCCGCCUUCCCGCAGAGCGCGCGCCUCUGGGGACACCUGUCCCCGGGCAGGGGGCUGUUGCCGCUCCUCGGCGCCGCCCGGCGCUCGCGGUGGAGUCCCAGCAGCCCUGGGCGGGAGGACGGCAGGGGGCCUCUCGGGCCUGUGCAGCGGCCCUGCUUACCAGGCGGCUGCGGGCGGGCGCGCCGAGGGGGCGCUGCUGAGGGCGCAGCACGGUGGGCGCGCUGGGCGCGCUGGGCGGGGCGCCUUGAAGGGCGCGGCCGAGGGGCGCGGGCGCAGCCGGAAGCUAGGGCGGGGCGCCCGCACGGGAUGCGGUGAAGGGCAAGCGGCGCGGCGGCGGCGAUGAGUGCCUCGGCGGCCACAGGGGUCUUCGUGCUGUCCCUCUCGGCCAUCCCGGUCACCUACGUCUUCAACCACCUGGCGGCCCAGCACGAUUCCUGGACAAUUGUAGGGGUGGCUGCCCUCAUCCUGUUCCUGGUAGCCCUGUUGGCUCGUGUCCUGGUCAAAAGGAAACCACCCCGGGACCCACUGUUCUAUGUGUACGCGGUUUUUGGAUUUACCAGCGUGGUGAACCUCAUCAUAGGACUGGAACAGGACGGGAUCAUUGAUGGCUUCAUGACAUACUACUUGAGAGAGGGUGAACCGUAUCUGAACACGGCCUAUGGGCACAUGAUCUGCUACUGGGAUGGCUCUGCUCAUUAUCUGAUGUAUCUGGUGAUGGUGGCAGCCAUAGCCUGGGAGGAAAGUUAUAGAACCAUUGGCCUAUAUUGGGUCGGAUCUAUUAUUAUGAGCAUUGUUGUUUUUGUGCCAGGAAACAUUGUAGGGAAGUAUGGAACACGCAUUUGCCCUGCUUUUUUCUUAAGCAUACCAUAUACUUGUCUUCCUGUCUGGGCUGGUUUCAGAAUCUAUAAUCAGCCAUCAGAAAAUUAUAAUUAUCCCUCAAAGGUCAUUCAAGAAAUCCAAGCGAAAGACCUGCUGAGAAGACCAUUUGAUUUAAUGUUGGUUGUGUGUCUCCUUCUGGCAACUGGAUUUUGCCUGUUUAGAGGCUUGAUUGCUUUGGAUUGCCCAGCUGAGCUCUGCCGAUUAUAUACGCAAUUUCAAGAGCCCUACCUAAAGGAUCCUGCUGCUUAUGCUAAAAUCCAGAUGCUGGCAUAUCUGUUCUAUUCUGUCCCUUACUUUGUGAUGGCGCUUUAUGGCUUAGUGGUUCCUGGAUGCUCCUGGAUGCCUGACAUAACCCUGAUACAUGCUGGAGGUCUAGCUCAGGCUCAGUUUUCUCACAUCGGUGCUUCUCUUCAUGCUAGAACUGCUUAUAUCUACAGAGUCCCUGAAGAAGCGAAAAUCCUUUUUUUAGCAUUAAACAUAGCAUAUGGAGUUCUUCCUCAGCUCUUGGCCUAUCGCUGUAUCUACAAACCAGAGUUCUUCAUAAAAACAAAGGCAGAUGAAAAAGUUGAAUAAAAGCAUUAUUUUAUGUUUUUUCUCUCUAAAUUACUGACUUCUGUUAUUUUGGUACCAAUAUUUGGUCCCAUUCCACUCUCUUCCCAUACAGGAACAUUUAAGAAUACAUAAAUUCUUGCUCCGUACUGUAUAUGUGAGCUAUCAUAGGAAUUAUGUGGAUAAAUUUUCUUUUUUUGAAGGAAAAUUGAAGUUAUUCAGAAAGCUUGUUUAAAGAAAUAAUAUAUUUCAAGUUAUUUGUGAAUAAACUUGACCACCUAUCUCAAUAUUCUGUUUGCACACUUUAAAUAUAAGUGAAAAAUUACAAUUUAGCUCCUAUAAUAGUGAGCAUGAAAAGGAAACUGUUCAAAAGUGAAAAUGGUCUAUGCAUAUUAAAAAUUUCAAAGUAGCAAAUACAGAUGGAGAAAUAUUUUUGCAUAUAAGAUCUAUAUGUUUCAUUAUCAACCUCAGUAUAAAAGACAAAUUAUCAUAAUAUUUAAAAAUGUUGUUUGAAAAAUGUUUUCCCAAGGAAAGUACAUUAUUUACUGCUGUUUCAAAAAUUGCUUUUACUGAAAUUUUUUUGUGAGUCUAAAUAGCUAAGGAGGGAAUCUAUAACUUUAUCAUUACCCUUAUUUUAUUGGUGACUGGAAAUGUUUCUAUUGUAUUUCUGUGUAUAUUUUUAAUAAAUUAUUUUUGGUCUUUUAUGAAGACAAAUCUUAUUAAAUUUGAAACAUUUUGUAUAUUUUUUUUCAGAAAAAGUUCUGUAGUCUUUACGCUUUUUGUUUUAAAAAUCUGUCAGUUAUAUGUUCCAGUUCAAAAUGUCAUCUACAUUCUCAUGUUUUAGUGUGAGCAAUGAAGAGGACUUUUCAUGAAUUAAAUUUCAUUACUUUUAAAUUAAAAUAUUCAAAAUUAAAAAGUACCUUUUAAGGA